UAUCUUUCAUGCUUUUAAAAAUCAUCAAUUUUUAUUUAUGUUUUUGUGUUUCAAUCAUUAAUCUCCCUUCUUCAGCAGCAUAUUUGCCUUCCUUUUCUUUUUUUUAAAUGCUCGAGUGAGCUGGCUUUCAAGCUUAACAAUCUUUUUUCUUGGUGUCCAAGUUCCUUUUUAAGCACCCUUGUCACUGAGUUUUCUGCUUUAGCCUGAGUGAGUUUUGGAAAAAUGGGACGACAACCUUGUUGCGAUAAGGUCGGGUUAAAGCGCGGACCGUGGACGAUCGAGGAAGAUCAUAAGCUGAUGAACUUCAUACUCAACAAUGGCAUCCAUUGCUGGCGAACUGUUCCAAAGCUUGCAGGGUUGUUAAGGUGUGGGAAAAGUUGUAGGUUAAGAUGGAUUAAUUAUCUAAGACCUGACCUUAAGAGAGGGGCAUUUACCGAAUCCGAAGAGGAUCAGAUUAUUCAACUUCAUGGCCGUCUCGGAAACCGGUGGUCGAAGAUUGCAUCACAUUUUCCGGGGCGGACCGAUAACGAAAUCAAGAACCAUUGGAACACUCGAAUCAAGAAGAAGUUAAAGCUACUUGGGUUGGACCCUGUGACGCACAAGCCAAUUGAGAAAGUAGAGAAAAAUGAUGGGGAUUCGUCCAAUAAGUCAAAUGGUGAUGAUCAACAACAAGGCAUCGAAUUAGAUGAUGAUGAGAAAGUAGAGGGAAUUGAAUUAAGUUUGGAUGAAACAAAUGAUCUAUUCAACAGCUACCAAAUGUUAUGUGAGAGCUUUGAUUUGGAUUCAUGGCUGAACCAAGAUGCUGCAAACAACACUUGUUCUUCUUCAUACUCAAUGGAAGAAUCCUCCAACAAAUCUUCAACGGGGGAAACCAAUUCCACCAUUGGAGAAGAUUCUUUGAAGCAAUGGGUUGAUAGUGUGGAUUCAUUUCUCUCAUGGGAUAGCUUUAUUUAAUAAAACAAAAAAGCAAAUUUCAAAGGAACAAAAGUGUUUCCAUUGAAUGACAUAUGCUGCAAAAUGGGCAAUUGUUUGGGAGGAUUGAAGGUUUGAUAGUUGUGUAUGUCUUGUUUAAUUCUUUGUAGCCCUGUUUUUGUUCGUUCAAGCUUCCAACAAUUGACCAAAAGAGUUCUACAAGCUUGCCUCCUUUUGUAACUGUAAAUUUCAUCAUUAUGAAAGUUUCCAACGUUUACUUUAUUUAA